UUCGCUCCAAUAAGGCAACUUAUCUUCGCAGUGAGGCUGAAACCAAAAGAUGUAAGAUUUAUUAUUCAGACCGUGUCAAGCAUCAGUAGCCUAUUGCAGCAUAUGUUUUCACCUGAUCUUAGGCCUAUACACCUAUACCUGUCCGUUCCUUCGACAGGCACCCUUAUCGGCAGACUACUAGGAGAUACAUUGACAAAAUAAACAGUGCUAACAUUUAACAUAUUCCAACCUGCUACUUAAUCGUUUUUAUAAAAAAAAACAAUUGACCUUACCGCUUGGGGGCAUCGGUGCUCAGCCAAGAGUUGGCAAGCUUUCCUCGCAUCAAUGUCCCGUUAUGUGACAUUCAUCAGUAAAGACCACUGGCAAUGACACACUCCACUGACCAAACAGAGAAAGAAAAAAAAGCGCUCAGCAUUCACUUUCCCAGUCCUAUUUAAGCUUGGCAUUUGCACAGAUCCCUAAGCGCCGAUUAGGCCUGCCUCUGUGAUUUUUAUUUAGACAUUAACUAGACCUAUUGAAAUGCCUUGCUCAUUUAUUGGCGCAGAAAUGAUUUUGGCAAUCAUAACUUUCCUAAUGAUGUUUAUUACAGGUUCACACACCGUGGACUUCUGUUAUGAUGAGAGUCAUUGUGACCCAUAUGCAUGGGGAGAUGCGUUCCCAUCCUGCCACCCAAUACUUGAAGAACAUCACUCUCCAAUCAACCUGGAUCAUCAUAUGACCAGAAAUGAAUCACUGGAGGCUUUACAUCUGGAUGGUUUUCAUGCUGUUCAUACAGGACACUGGAAACUGAAAAACAAUGGCCACUCUGUUGUGUUGGAGGUUGGGAAUGGGAUGUCUGUGAGUGGUGGAGGUCUUCCAGGUACGUACCACACCGUCCAGCUCCACUUUCACUGGGGAAGCCUCAACACCAACGGCUCAGAGCACACGGUGGACAGGCACAGGUAUCCAAUGGAGAUGCACAUAGUCAACAUGAAGUCAAGUCAUCCCAAUUUGACAUCUGCCUUGGAUGACCCAACUGGCCUUGCAGUUCUUGCGUUCUUUAUUGAUCUUUAUUACAUUGAAAAUGUACACUUUGGACGCAUAUCACGACUACUUCCCUCCAUUGCCUACAAAGGUCAAACGGCUACAGUCAAGCCAUUCCCAUUGAUCGGCCUUCUGCCUGAGAGCCAUUUGUCCCAGUACUACCGCUACCAUGGUAGCCUCACCACUCCACCUUGUUCUCAAGCCGUUAUAUGGACCAUGUAUGAAGUCCCCACCUAUAUCUCAUGGUCACAGUUUGAACAGUUUGUCACUGGGAUUUUCUCCACAGAGGAGGAUGAAGAAUUUGUAGCACAUCUCCAUGAUAACUUCCGACACAUCCAUCCCACCUUCAGUCGCAGCGUCUACGCCUCCAAAGAUGCCAAGCUGCUUACAGCGACGGCCAAUCACCUCUAUAGCCCAGCACUCUCAAUAUUUCUCCUUCAAUUGACUUUAACUGUUGGGAUUAUCUAUGGGCUCUAGCUCUUUGCUCAGGGCUGUUUUGUUGAUGCUAGCUUUACACUCUCUACUUGUGGGACAGCCUCAUAGCCGAGACUCUGAAGUUGCCAAUACCAUAGAUUUUUGGGGGGAUUUUUAUUAAUACAGAGGAUACAUAAAAUACUGUGAAAAAUAAGAGUACUGUUUACUGUGAUUGACCUCUAUCUUUUCAUCAUAUUACUGUCAUUGCGUUCAAUUAGAAAUGGUUUAAUGUUUCAUUUCAUGUUUAACAGUUCAACUCAUAACAUUGUGUAGACUAGAUCUAGUACUGGUAACAGUACAAACAUUUUUUUCAUCAAUGCUACCGUGUAUGCAUCUCUGAUUGUACUGCAUUCAAUCACUACCUAACCUACUAUAUUAAUGUUAAUUAAACAAAUCAUUGAAUUUGAACUCACUGUGUUUAUAUUCCCCCUGGUGGCCAUAUGACAUUGAUGUAUAUUCCCUCAGCAACUGCUAUGGGCAGGUAGCAGAGCUGUUAUUUCCCUGCCUGCCUUCCCUCCCUUUAUUUUGUAUGAAUUUGAUCCACUUGAAACUGUCAUCAGAAGAUAUUCCCCACGUCACACCACUACUCUGCAGCUACCAGGGGUGACUCGCUCAGAAUGACUGGUGUGACAUGCUCAUACUGGGGGGUUGUAUGAGUGAGAUGUGGAUUGAUAAAGUAGUGGCAUUACAACAUCUCACACUUUGUCCAGUUCUGGCGGUUGACCAAAUCCAAUACGAUAAAGAGAAUGGUGAUCCCGGGAAGCCUGACAACCUGACCUGUGUAUCCAUGCUGACUGUAUUGUUCCCCUACUGCUGGUCACACCAUCCACCUCCUGUCACUGACUUGGGGUGGCAGACACACAGAGGCCACUCUGUCUCUGUCAGUCCGGAUGGUUGAGUGUGACUAUCAGGACUUGGCUGGGUGAGAAUGAGAUCACUGGCGUCAUGGGGGGCCUCAAUCACAGGUAGUUUAAUUACAUUUCUUUACUGACCAUACCUGUUAAGUGGUUGAUGCUAUUGCUAUGAUUGGAGAUUGAUGCUAUUGGUAUACUGAUUUAAUACUGUUGGGAGUCCAUAUGAUCACUAGAAUUGACACUGCCUGACAUGGGGGAGAAAUCACAUGAUUUGGUCCUGAACUAAACUCUAGCCUACAGACAGUAGGGCAUUGUUUAAUGAAACGGACAACAUCUCUCAAUUUCUGAAUGUUGGUUUAUUAUGGGUGAAGGUAUGCAGGCAUUCUCCAUUGACAUUUUCAACACGAAGGAAAUGUUAUUUAUCCAACGUCCUGUGUGUCAGUUGAUACUAAUGGUUUACUGUCUGAACACUGAAAUUUAAUGUAUUCAUUCAAUUAACUCAAUCAUUU